AUGGCUGAAGCCCGUUCAGCUGCAGCUCUCAGCUUUCAAGUGACUCACGAUGGCGUCUCUGUGAGCUAUGACCAAGAACUUCUUCGGGACAUUUGGCACGCUUUUUCGAGGCAGUACAAGAGGCGUACCGGCCGAUUUAAGAAUAACUUCCUCGCUGGAACCUUCCCGGCCAACGGUUUCACUUUUGCACUCGUCGUCGCGGCGAUCUCCAUAUUUUCGGUGUUUCGGAGGGAUCUCAGCUUUGGAAUCGUGCCCUUCAUACAAACUUACUUCAUUCACUACAUAUUUGGCGAUGGAAUUCUUGGACAAUCUCUCUCAGUGCUGUUAUCAGCAGCAAUUGUUUGGUUCUUGUUGAUUCAAAUUUUGCGACUUUCCUUGAAGGCGCUUUUAUCAUAUAAAGGAUGGAUGUACGAGAGCGUUGGAAAACCUGUUUCAACACCUACAAAAGUCUGGCUGAUGUUUCUCCAUUUCAUUUCGAAGGCUUCACCGAUGUUGCACUCUUUUCAAGGAGCUCUACCGCAUCUUCCACUUCCAUCCCUUGAUGAAACAGUCAAUAAACAUCUGCGAUCAAUGCGCCCCAUUUUGAAUGAUGAGGAGUAUGCGGAUCUCGAAUUUCUUUCCGAAAGGUUCCGUCGCGGUGUUGGACGACGUCUGCAAAGAUAUCUGAUGCUCAAGAGUUGGCUCUCGUCUAAUUAUGUGACAGACUGGUGGGAAGAGUUUGUUUAUCUUCGCCAACGUAGCCCGAUCAUGAUCAACAGCAACUAUUAUGCAUUGGAUACCCUCAACGAGCACCCAACCACCAAUCAAGCAGCUCGUGCAGCCAAUCUAACAUGGGCCUCUCUCCAAUUUCGCCGUUUAGUUGACAGACAAGAAGUGACACCGUUUUCAAUCUCACCAAAAAGCAAAGUUCCGUUUUGUACUAUGCAAUACGAGCGCCUUUUCAAUGCCUGCAGGGUGCCAGGAGUCGAGGUGGAUCGAUUCCUUGUUUGUGAUGAUGCUAAGCAUGUCGCAGUUUAUCACAAGGGAUGCUGGUUUAAGGUGAUCGUACACAACGGGAAACGAUUGUUGGACGCCUGUGAAUUGCAGUACCAGUUUGAGCAAAUCAUCAAAGGUGACUAUGAACCAUCAAAUGCGGAAAGACACGUCGCUGCCCUUACUGCUGGGGACCGAACACAUUGGGCCAAAGCCAGAAAGAGCUACCUUGGAUCGGGAGUCAAUAAGACGUCUUUGCAUGCAAUCGAACGAUCGGCUUUUGUUGUCAUUCUUGAUGAAGAGGAACAAAGAUGGGACCCGAAUGAUUCAUCGCGAUUGGAUCAAUGGGCAAGCGUUUUGCUUCACGGAAAGGCCUAUGAUAGAUGGUUUGACAAAUCGUUUAACUUAAUCUUCACAAAGAAUGGGCACUUUGGAAUCAACACGGAGCACAGUUGGGGUGAUGCGGCGGUGACGGCUCAUUUUGUGGAAUGGAUUCUCGUCAAAGAUAUUGUCGACGAAGGAUAUGAUGACAAAGGUAAUGCCAUGGGUGCACCACGUGAGAAAAUCGAGCCGGAAAGACUGCGUUGGGACAUUUGCGAAGAGGGAGAAGCUGCCAUCAAUGUUUCACUGAAAGUGGCCAAUGAGCUGAUUUCGGACACCGAGAUGUCACUCUUGGUGUGGACCGAAUUUGGAAAAGGAUUGAUCAAGAAGUUGAAAGUUUCCCCUGAUGCCUUCAUUCAGAUGACUUUACAAUUGACCUAUUUCCGGAAUCAGGGUAAAUUCUCGUUGACUUAUGAAGCGUCGAUGACUCGUCUUUAUCGUGAGGGAAGAACGGAAACUGUGCGGUCUUGCACAGUUGAGAGCUCUAACUUCGUGCGCGCAAUGUGCGAUCCAAACAAAACGAGGGAAGAAAGACUUCAAUUAUUGCAUCAAGCUUGUGAACAACAUCAACACCUUUAUCGGGAUGCAAUGUGUGGAAAAGGAGUCGAUAGGCAUCUCUUUGCACUUUAUGUGAUUAAACGCUACCUUGAAGAAGAAUCACCGUUUUUCGAUAAGAUUUUCCCACCGACAUAUCUUCUUUCGACAUCUCAAACGCCUCUCAAUCAAUGCGAUGAAGAAAUGAAAGGUCUUAGUCAAGAACAACGUCUUCGAUUAAUCACAGCUGGAGGUGGAUUCGGUCCUGUCGCUGAUGCUGGUUAUGGAGUUUCGUAUAUCAUCGCCGGAGAGGACACAAUCUCAUUCCACAUUUCAAGCAAGAAGAGUGCUGCAAACACGAGCUCAAAGGAAUUCCGUGAAGAAUUGCAACGUUCAUUGCGUGACAUGCGGGCGCUUUUCCUCUCCACAAAGAAGACCGAU